AUGGUGGAUGAUGCUGGGGGACUUCAGCUCGUCAGUGAUGAGGAUGACGAGGCGACUGUGGAGGGGCAUGCGGUAGAGGAGGAAGGGACAGGUAUAAAUGAUGGAGUUGAAGAGUUUGUAGAGGAAGGGCCUAAGAAGAUGAGUAAGAGUAAGCAGAGGAGACUACGUCAGAAGGAGAAGGAGAGGCUUCAUGGAGCAUCGAGGCGAGUCAAAGAGAAGGAAGACACCAAACUAGGGCAGGAGGGGUCUCAAGAGCCGUCCGAUGAUAAUGAGCCCCUAGUAUCGGAGUCCGAGGAUGAGAUAUCAGCCUCGGGAGAUACCACUGAGCGGAAGCAGAGAAGAGCACGCCGGGAGCCGCAGCCUUUCACGUGGUCCGACUGCAAAUGGAUGCUCUAUGUCCUUCCGGUGUAUUCGGACUUGGAUGAAUAUUGUCAUAGUAUAGCGCCAGCCUGGGAUGAGGUCUCAAGUGACCUCAAGGAGUACAUCAAAUUCGGGAGAAUCAACUCCCAUACUGACCGAGCGUUGUUCAAGUCAUUGCCGAUAACUCCGAGAACAACCCCGACAAUCUUCCUCUUCAUGCCAGCCCAUCCCGAGAUCCCUCCUAGUUUGAUGCCGAUCGCUGAGAUCAAUCCAAGGACAUUGAAGAGGUGGAUAUUGCACGAGCUGCCAAUAGUGUACCGGACGGUCACGUCUGUGGAAGCGGCGGAGAAGGAAGCAAUGUUGAGCGAUCACCCAAUUAUGGUAGUGUACACGCGAUCAAGCCAUACCACUCCUUUGUUAAAAGCUAUGAUAUACAAGUUUUCUCAUGCAGUGAACUUCUUGGUUGUGAACAGCGAUCAAUUGCUACCUCGUCGGAAUGAUAUUGUAGCUAAGUUAUACUGCUCAAGGUGGAACCUAGGAGACUACCAUUAAAGCGUCCUCGACCUGUGGAGACGAGGAGUGAGGUGGCCGCAUCACCAACGAGUGUCCAAAGCGCGCCUUGUCUCGUUCGUCAAGGCCCUUUACUGAAGAGACACCGAACCUGCCAGCCGACAGAUCGACCGCUACUUGCAACUAGCAGAAUACCGCCCCAGCCCGCAGUGCCCGUACGACUCCCCGGGAGGUCUUUACUGCGAAGGCUGCCGUCGGAUACGGCCCGGUCCAAUGGACGACACCUUACGAUAGAAGCCUAGGCAGUGUAAUUCACCAUAGUCACCGCACUGACGAUGGCAGAGUAACAUUAUCAUCACUCGGUCCGGCCGAGUGUGCAUGACCGUCUCGAUA